AUGUUAAGGCUAUUAAUAAAACUAAGUGCAUUAUCUAUAGGACUUGGCUAUGUAACCGCUACCUGUUCUCCACAAUCACACAUGGCGGCUCUCCAUGAUCGGAUGAACCAGAUGAUCACAGCUCUCUAUGCCUCUUCUCCGCUGUUAUCAAAGGUGCAGCCGCCUACAACCAGUCCUCCAAGUGAUGAGACUCCACCACCUACAGAGUACACCACACCACCACCAACGACCACAUACGACCCUUCUUCGUACCUUUACCCCCAAGUAAUAUUUGUGUCCUCUUCUCCUCCUGCUGCACCUAGUCCUCCAAUAGCUCCCGUUCAAGCUCCAGCCCCGCGGUAUGCUUAUGAAGUUAGUCCACCCCCUGAAUUUACUCCAAGUCCGCCAAAACCUCCUCAACCUUUAUCAUAUGGUUAUGAAUAUCAGUAUCCUCCAUACGUUCCUCCCACCUAUCCUCCACCGUGUACUCCGUACCCAUACCCUUACCCGUCACAGCAUGAACAGCCUCCUACUGCUUACAAACCAUAUUCUCCACCAGCUUUAUCAACAACUGCGUACAAACCAUAUCCUCCACCGCCCGCACCACCAGUUUCUUAUCCGCCAACUCCCUACCCAGUAGCUACUCCCUACCCAGUAGCUGCUCCCUAUCCACCUGCACCCAGUUACUAUCCAGCUCCACCACCUUGUCCUCCUUCAUAUCCCCCUCCUCCUGUGUAUCCAGCUCCCCCGACUUAUCCCGCAUCCUAUCCAAAAUAUGAAAUACCACGCUAUGCUUAA